AAUCUUUAUAUGUUGACAGAUCUGCAUCUGCUGAUGAUAGUGAACUCAAUAUUGAAUCAUUGAUUGAGAACUUAGAGAACAUGAUAAUGAAGGAAUUAUCUGUGUUAUGUAUGACUGAGUCUCCUGCAUUCUUUCCUGCUCUCUCUAUUUCUUUCUCUGCUGCUUUCUUUCAAUCUUCUACACCUAUCUCUGUGUCUGGUUCUCCUGCUUCUGCUACCUCUAUUCCCACAACUUCUACUCUCACUACUUCUGCUCUCUCUGGUUCUGUCACCUCUGCUUUCAUUACCAGCUCUCCUCAUUUCAAGAAGAUGUUAU